AUGUCUAGACGACCAUUUAAAAGAUAUAAAUCAAAUAAUAGAGCUAAAAAAUACGCUGGAAAUAAUCCCAGUGACAUUCACAAAUCGGAUAAUCAUGGUUACCCUGGAUUUCACUUAUAUUUCCCCGAAGAAGGCAAUAUUGACAUAGAUGAACUAAAAACGCAUAUCGACGUUUUCAUAGAUUUCUUAGAACGAAACCAAUCACUUUAUUCCUUAACAGACAUCGCUAUUAAGAGAUUUUUCAUGUUGGAUUAUAAACUAAUAAGUGAAGAUGAUAACAUAAUUAGAACUUGCCCGAACUUUAAACCCGAUUUCUUGAACAACACGAAAUAUUACUUGAAGUGUAUAGGCUUGGCAAUGUAUUAUUUGACCAAGAAGCAUUACGAAAACAGGAACCAAGAAAACAUACUCCAAUACGAUGUAAUUUUAGUUAGAAUUUAUAAUAUCGAACCGAUAAUGCAACUGAGAGAUCUAAGAGUCGAAUACAUGGAUAAAUUAGUUACAAUAAGAGGCACAGUAAUAAAAGCUAGUCGUGAAAAACUCGUGAGCCAGUAUUUGACAUUUUCUUGCUCAAAUUGCUCCGGUACGCAAAUUACAAAGCAGUUAGACUGUAAGUACACAAUCCCUACAGGGUGCCUGACAAAGGACUGCAGGGCCAGGUCGAAUUUUAAAGCAGUACUAGAUUCCCCGUUCAAUAGAGUUAUAAGUCUACAAUCUAUAAAAAUACAAGAAGUGCUUUGGAUCGAACAGCAAGAUGGUGCUAAAAAUGCCCAAGUUUUGGAGUGCGUGUUAGCUGAAGAUUUAGUAAAAACUUGUCUGCCCGGCGACGAUGUUACCGUUACGGGAAUAAUUAAGGCUAAGCAAAUAAACAACUACAACAAAAUGAAGCAUUCGAUUUUCGAUUUUUACUUCGAAGUCAUAUCCGUUCACAACAACAAAAAGCAAAACGUGGGGGAAUCUUUUUCGAAAGAUGGUUUUACUUUCAAUGAAAGCGAUUACUUUGAAAUUAGAAAAAUUUUCGAAAACCCCAACACCUUCGGUCUACUCGUUAACUCUCUAUGUCCAAAUAUUUAUGGACACAAGAUCGUGAAAGCGGGCCUAACAUUAUCUCUUUUCGGCGGUGCCAAGUCUAAUGUAUUUAGAGGAGAGUCUCAUACCUUAAUCGUAGGCGAUCCCGGUUUGGGCAAAAGUCAAAUGUUACAAGCUUGUGCUAGUGUAGCACCAAAAGGUAUUUACGUAUGCGGUAUUACAAGCACAACCACGGGUUUAACAGUAACUGUGACUAAAGACAAAGAAAGGGGCGAAUUUUCCCUAGAAGCUGGUGCUUUGGUCCUGGCCGAUCAAGGUUGCUGUUGCAUUGACGAAUUCGAUAAAAUGCCCAAUCAACACGCUUGCUUGCUGGAAGCGAUGGAACAGCAAAGUAUUAGCGUAGCAAAGGCGGGAAUCGUUUGUACGUUGCCCACUAGAGUGACAAUCUUGGCGGCAGCUAAUCCAGUCGGUGGACAUUACAAUAAAGGGAAAACCGUCGUCGAGAAUUUGAAAAUGAAGUCCCCGAUGAUGUCGAGAUUCGAUUUAAUUUUUAUAUUAUUAGAUCAAGGCAAUGAAGAAGAAGAUUUGUUGGUAUCGAAACAUGUGCUAGGCAGUCAUUCGAUUAACAAAUCUGAAAAGCAUUUGUCCUCUACUACAAACAUUCCUCUGACUAACGAAGAUUUAUUAAACGAUACUUUAAGGGGCCGCUUAAGAAUAGAUACAAAUCAGAACGAUUUGAUUCCACACUCCUUGUUUCGAAAAUACAUCGCUUAUGCUUUGAAAUACGUCAAACCGACGCUAUCCGAAGAAGCUAAAGAGUUAUUAAAAGAGUUCUAUCACAAUCUACGCAAACAAUUCAGGGUUGGAGAUUCUACGCCUAUUACAAAUCGCCAAGCAAAUUCUCUAGUUAGAUUAACGCAGGCGAGAGCCAAAGUUGAAUUAAGAGAAGUGGCAACAAAGCAAGAUGCGUUAGAUGUAAUAGAAAUCAUGAAAACUAGUUUGAAAGAUGUUUUUACCGAUAAUUAUGGAGCUUUAGAUAAAACUAGAUCGCAAAAUGGAACCGGAACUAGUACAAAAGGCCAAAUAACGAGAUUAUUGAGGGUAUUGCAAAGAGUAGCCGAAACUGAAACGAAAUCUAUCUUUACAAUAAAGGAAUUGAAACAGUUUAGCGAACAAGUCGGAAUAGCUAAGGAACAUUUUUAUAGAGUUCUUGAUAACAUCAAUUUGCAGGGAUACCUUUUGUUCAAAGGAAAGGAGCGAUACCAAUUGAUCACAGCUUCGAUAUAA